GGGAACCACCAUUGAUUUAAAAAAGGGAGGUAUGUUUGUUUUGAUAACAAGAAUACUGUGAUCCCAUAAUUGAUGGAGAAGAAAAAUGUGAUAUCUGAACACAAAAACAUCCAGAGUAUUUCCACCUAUUUCAAACUAAAUUCAAAGAAACAUCAUGAAAUUUCGAGGACCAUCUUGGCGGAUAAAAAUGAAAAUAUGCAAUCGUUACAAACUAAAAGAAUGGUCACAAUUAACAAUAACCCGGUUGGGCAGAACGAAUUUCAAAAUGUACAGAAAACAGCGGUCUCAGAAAAACAAGUUUCUUUUGGAAAUUUAGCGGGCGCGCCAACGAAUCUAAGUUGUCUAUUUGGAGGAGCAUUCUAUGGAGGGAUAUUUACCAUUAACAUGUCAAACUUACCGUCGUUGUCACCGUCGCCUCAAACAACCAAACGUCGUCGUAAUGUUAUAGAGAGUGACAGUUCCCAGGGAUAAUAACUCAGUCAAGUCUACCAUUGAACUUGUGUCGAUGUAACUUUGAAAUUUAC